GCUGAAACUACUAUUGGAUUAUCAUUACCAUUGAACUGACUACUAUUGGGUUAUCAUUACCAUUGAACUGACUACUAAUCAACUAGCUGGGUUUACUGAAUUUAGUCCACCAUUUUUUCCAACCAACUCUUCUCAUCGCACAACACACAUAGAGGAUCCAGGCGUACUACUCCAAAGCCAAAGAAAUCCGCAUAAGUUUUCAAUUCAUUCAAAUGACUCCAGUUAUUGCCAAAGAAGAGUCAAGUUUCUCUUCCGCAACACCAAAUGGUGUUACCAACCAUGCUGCCAAUGGUGUUGCUAAUAGCAGUACGCCAUCCAUUACUGUUCACUCUCCGAAUGUGAGGUACACUCCUGAUCACAUUCUGUCCAACUACGUCUAUCGAGAUGCUUCGGUUACAACCGAUCCUUUGACAGGCAACAUUUCUGUGAUGCCUGUGGAAAAGCACUACGCAUUCAAGGUCGGCCGAAAGUUGCCCAAAAUGGGUUUGAUGCUUGUUGGUUGGGGUGGAAACAAUGGAUCUACUUUGACUGCAUCCAUUCUUGCCAAUCGCAAGUCCUUAUCCUGGCAUACCAAAGAAGGAAUCCAGCACUCCAACUACUACGGAUCGGUAUUUCAAGCUUCGACCGUCAAGAUUGGUGUUGAUUCGGCCACUUCCAAGGACGUGCAUGUGCCGUUUUCGGCCCUUCUUCCCAUGGUCAAUCCCAACGACAUUGUUCUUGGUGGCUGGGAUAUUUCUUCAGCCAACAUGGCCGAGUCUAUGGAACGUGCCAAGGUUUUAGACUGGGAUUUGCAACAGCAGUUGCGUGAUGAAAUGUCUGCACUCAAACCACUUCCUUCGAUCUACUAUCCAGACUAUAUUGCUGCCAACCAAAAGGACAGAGCCGACAAUGUUCUUUCUGGAACAAAACAGCAACAGCUGGACCAGAUUCGCUCAGACAUUUGUGACUUUAAACAGAAGAAUGAUUUGGAUCGUGUGAUUGUUUUGUGGACUGCCAACACUGAGCGAUUUUCCGAUAUUCUCCCCAACGUCAAUGACACUGCCGACAAUCUGUUGAAUGCAGUCAAGACCGGUCAUUCGGAAAUUGCACCGUCCACUAUUUUUGCACUUGCGUCGAUUCUUGAAGGGUCGCCUUUUAUCAAUGGAUCGCCCCAAAACACAUUUGUGCCUGGUGUGAUGCAGCUUGCUGAGCGCAAGCAUGUGUUUAUUGGUGGUGACGACUUUAAGAGUGGGCAAACCAAGAUCAAGUCAGUUCUGGUGGAUUUUCUUGUCAAUGCAGGCAUCAAGCCGGUUGCCAUUACCAGUUACAACCAUCUUGGUAACAACGAUGGAAUGAAUCUGUCAGCACCACAGCAGUUUCGCAGUAAAGAGAUUUCCAAGAGCAAUGUUGUUGAUGACAUGGUGGAUGCCAACCAUCUUUUGUACAAGAAUGGGGAAAAGCCUGACCAUAUUGUUGUGAUCAAAUACUGUCCUGCCGUAGGCGACAGCAAGCGUGCUUUGGAUGAAUAUGUGAGCGAGAUUUUCAUGGGUGGCAAAAGCACGAUUUCGAUCUACAAUGUUUGUGAGGAUUCCCUACUUGCCUCUCCGUUGAUCCUGGACUUGGCUUUGCUGACUGAGCUGUUCACUCGGAUUGAGUACAAGACUGAAGAAACCGCCGACUAUGUUCCUUUCCAUUCAGUUCUGUCCGUGCUGUCGUACAUGCUCAAGGCACCAGUGGUUCCUAAUGGAACGCCUGUUGUGAAUGCGCUUUCGAAACAGCGAUCUGCGAUUGAGAAUAUUUUGCGUGCAUGCAUUGGUCUUGCACCUCAGAGCGAUAUGACUCUUGAACACAAGUGUUUUUAGAGUGUGGCAGAUUGAUUUGAUUGUCUAUUCAGUCUACUGACCUUGGAUUUUGCCAUGUGUUUCCGUGUGUUUCCAUGUAACUCCAUGUGUUUAGCAGAUUGAAAUGAUGGACUUUGAUAAUAAACUUUGCCAGAUUGCAAGAC